GUGACCCUGGGCCCGGGCGCCCGGCGGAGAGGGCGCCGCCCGGCACGAUGCCUGAAGAUGAGCGAGGCGGCGCUGGUGGAGGGCCAGGCCAAGCUGCGCGACGGCAAGAAGUGGAAGACUAGGUGGCUGGUGCUGCGCAGGCCGUCGCCGGUGGCAGACUGCCUGCUGAUGCUGGCCUACAAGGACAAGGCGGAGCGCGCCAAGGGCCUGCGGGAGCGCAGCAGCCUGACGCUGGAGGGCAUCUGCGGCCUGGAGCCGGGGCUGCCCUACGAGGGCCUGGCCCACACGCUGGCCAUCGUCUGCCUGUCGCAGGCCGUCAUGCUGGGCUUCGAGAGCCGUGAGGCCAUGUGUGCCUGGGAUGCACAGAUCCGCUACGCACUCGGCGAGGUGCACAGGUUCCCCGUGUCGGUGGCCCCCGGCACGAAGCUGGAGAGCGGCCCGGCCACGCUGCACCUGUGCAAUGACAUGCUGGUGCUGGCGCGGGACGUGCCCCCGGCCGUCGCGGGGCAGUGGAAGCUGUCGGACCUGCGCCGCUACGGGGCCGUGCCCAACGGCUUCAUCUUCGAAGGCGGGACCAGGUGUGGCUACUGGGCUGGCGUCUUCUUCCUGUCCUCGGCCGAGGGCGAGCAGAUCAGCUUCCUGUUCGACUGCAUCGUCCGCGGAGUCUCGCCCACCAAGGGCCCCUUCGGGGUGCGGCCGGUUCUCCCUGACCCCAGCCCCGGGGGGCCCUCGGCCCUGGAGGAGCGUGCGGCCCACGAGGCCCUGCAGCUGGAGAAGCGCCUCAGCCUCCUGGCGCACGCGGCCUGGCCGGGCAGCGCAGGGGACGACCGCAGCCUGUCCAGCUCAUCGUCUGAGGCCAGCCACUCGGACGUCAGUGCCAGCAGCCGGCUGACCGCGUGGCCCGAGCAGUCCUCUUCUGAGGCCAGCACGUCCCAGGAGGGGCUAGGCCUGGCUGCCGCCCGGGCCCUGCACCUGGGGGAGGGCGAGGCCCCUGGGGAGGCCGUGCCGGGCCCCUCCCGGCUGCCCCCCAAGCCGCUGCGGCCACGGCAGCUGCAGGACGUCGGCCGCCAGGGCUCCUCGGACAGCGGCAUCGCCACCGGCAGCCACUCUUCCUGCUCGGGCAGCAGCCUGGACGUGUGGCGGGUGGCCGAGGAGCUGGGCUCGCUGCUCAGCCUGCCGGGGCCCGGCGUGUGCUGCUGCCUGCCUGGGGCGGCCCCGCGGGCCGAGUACCAGGUGCCAGGGCCCCCGCGGCACCACUACGACACGCCGCGCAGCCUGCGCCCCGCGCUCAGAGACCAGGGGCCCGCCCCGCAGGCCAGCUCCGAGGGCGCCGCCGAGGACUUGGGGGGCCCAGGCCCCUGCGGCUGGCUGGGCGUGAGGUGGCGGGGACCGGCCAGCGAGGCACCCAGUGGCGAGGCCUGGGCGGCGGGCGGCCCGGUGGCUGUCCCCUCCGCCUGUCCAGUCUGUGGAGGACUGAAGGUAAAGUCCCCUCCCUGAGAACCGCAGACACGGCCCCUCUGGAUGACAGAGGAGGGGGCACAGCCUCCUUCCGGGGGCUGCUCUUUGUGCCCCUUGCCCACCCUGGGCGGCCCAGUGGGGUGGGUGUGGGUCCACAACCCCAUGGCAGCUUCUGGAGGGGCGCUGCGGCCCAGCAGUGGGCAGGUGCCCACGGGGAGGGCUGUGGUAGAUGGAGCGGACAUGUGUCCUGGGUGGAGUAACCAGCUGUGGCAGUCCCCAGGGCCCACUGCUCCUGCCACCCUGAGGACCAGGGGCUGGCGGGCACCUGCAGGGCUCAGGGGGCUCCCAGCGCACGGCCUAGGGGUGCAGAGGCAGAGCUCAACCGCAGCCAGCCCUGGGCCUCCCCCGUCCCACUCGCCUGCCCACCUCAUGGGCUCACACCGCAUUCCUGGCUCCUCGGACGUGGAAAUUAAAUCCACCUGCAGCGGCAGCUGGCACCCCGAGUCCCAUGAACGCCGGCUUGGAGACUGGCCCCCCAGGGCCCCCGGUUCCGCGGCGGCCUGUGUGGUUUUGUGCAUGUGAUUGAUGGCUGGCCCCUGACGGGGGCAAAGCGGAAGGUCUGCCUGGCUCACCCCACCCCAGCCCUUCUCUGAGCCCCCAUAGGGGGUCCCGGCAGGGUGGGGGCGGUGGGGAGGAGGCGCCGAGCGGCAGCUCUGGGGCAGAGCUGGUUUUCUCCGCUCUACGGGUGUAUUGUAGGCUGGGUUGAGAGGGGCUUCUGGUGACACCGUGGACGGUCAUACCGGCCAUUGCCUGCUGCCCCUUUGCUGGGACCAGGAGCCGGGGGUCCCCAGGAGGGCGUUUGGAAGCCGGGGACCCUGGCCCAGCCCUGCGCAGGUCCGUCUGCUCACGUGCUGCAUGGCCGCGUGUCGUUUUUGAACUUCGUCGGCGACUUCAGAGGCCUGGAGGGGUGGCCUGUCCGGCGCGGGCUCCGUCCCUGUCCGGGGGGCAGAGCGCGCCUGUAGGUCUGCGGCCUGGUACCUCCCUGCUGGCAACGAUGUUACUCUUCUGCACUCUUUGUAACACCUUCUUAGACUGGAAAUAAAAUGCUCUUUUCGUACAGCUUGUCCUUUUCCGUGGGGCCUCCCUGGCCACCCUCCCGG